AUGUCCGUCCCUCUGACAACGCACCUCGCCUCCCUCUCUACCCCGCGCCCCUACUCCGCCGCGACAGAACACGCAUUUCUCACCGCCGCUGGCACAGGCGUCCUCCCCGCGCCGCUCCUCUCCCUCUACCUCUCGCAAGACCGCAUCUAUGCCGCCCACGCCUACCCGCGCUUCCUCGGCCAUUUGCUCACGCACGUCCCGUUCUCAUCGCUGCAUGCGCCCGACUCGCCCGAGGAGCGCUUCCACUCCGAGGUCGUCGGUGUCCUCGCGGACGCGCUCCAGAACGUACAGCGCGAGGUUGGGCUGUUCGCGGACAUCGAGAAGAAGUACACGUUGCCGAGCUUUGCUGGGUGGAGGGAGAGGAAGGCGACAAGGGACUAUACUGCGGAGUUGGCGCGAGUAGGCGCGUUUGGAAGCUUCGAAGAUGGGCUGGUGUUCCUGUGGGCAAUGGAGAGGGUGUAUUUGGAUGCAUGGACAUAUGCAAAGUCACUAUUGGGCAAUGUGCAAGGGGAACCUAGCCCAGCAUUCUCCGCUGUGAAGGAGCUUGUUGAGAACUGGACAUCACCUGAAUUUGUGAAGUUUGUUGAUCACCUUGCAGACUUAGUCAACAGAUUGCAUAUUGUGCCUAGAUCUGCUGCAUUCAUUCAUGCUGAAGAAAUCUGGGCAAGGGUUGUUGAGCUUGAAGAGGCCUUUUGGCCAAUUGACAGAGAGGAGUCAACUGUUCUUGCAACUUAA